UAAAAUGUGGCCUCUAAUUGCCAGGUGCCAGUAGUCAAUACUCUGGUGACUCGUGAAGUUUUGUCUAACGCUGCCAUAGUUCACAUCACUGUGAUGGUAACUGAGUCACGGAUUUCCUCAAGCUCCCUGGUACUGGCUAGUUCCAGAGAGCUGGAACAGGUGCAUCUGAAAGCGCAGGUGCAGCUUGGUACUGCAAUUGGCUUUUUGUUGCCACCUGUUUUGGUCCCAAAUACACCGAAUGAUAUUGAUCUUAUGGCACAUAACAUCGGCAUCAUGUUCUAUGGAACAGCCAUCGUGUCCACGCUUUUGUUCUUCUUAACAGGAGUUGUGUUUGAAGAAAAGCCCAAAUACCCUCCCAGUCACUCUCAAGCAAUCCUGCAAACUAAACCUCCUGAGGAUUACUCCUACAAGCAGUCCAUUAUUAACUUGUUCAAAAAUAUUCCAUUUAUACUUUUGCUAAUCAGUUAUGGUAUUAUGACUGGGGCAUUUUAUUCUGUCUCCACCUUAUUAAACCAGAUGAUAGUAACUCAUUAUGAGGGAGAAGAAGUGAACGCUGGGAGAAUUGGCUUGACACUGGUGGUGGCAGGAAUGGUGGGUUCGAUUAUUUGUGGUUUGUGGCUGGAUUACACUAAAACUUACAAGCAAACUACUUUGAUUGUUUACAUUCUCUCCUUCAUUGGGUUGCUGGUAUUUACCUUCACCCUGGACCUCGGAUACCUUAUAGUAGUGUUUGUGACUGGAGGAGUGCUUGGGUUCUUCAUGACUGGCUAUCUUCCACUUGGGUUUGAAUUUGCUGUGGAAAUUACAUAUCCAGAGUCUGAAGGCACUUCCUCAGGUCUCCUUAAUGCAUCAGCACAGAUAUUUGGAAUUGUCUUUACACUUGUUCAAGGAAAGCUCACAACAGACUACAGUCCUCGUGCAGGAAACAUCUUUCUUUGUGCUUGGAUUUUUGUGGGCAUUAUUUUAACAGCCUUAAUAAAAUCAGAUUUGCGAAGACACAACGUGAAUUCAGGGAUUAUGAACUUGGACGUUAAAGCUGUACCAGUUGACAGUCCUGUAGAACCUGAAAGCACUACAUUAAAGAUUCAGUCAGCUUUGUAAAGCCGAAGGAAGGUGACUUAAAAACGCACAAGUUUGGUUAGAUCUGGAACAAUAUGAGCUAGUGUAAUCACUGGAUUUGUGUGCACGAGUACAAAUAUGUGUUUGUUGAUAUUGCUGGUAGUUGUGUGUUGGAAGCUAUGAAGAUACUCAGCUCAUUUUGCCCAAGAUGCAAACAAUUCACCUUUGUAUGGAAUAUUUAUUUUAACAUUUUCAAGUUUUGCAGUUUCAUUAGUGAAGAGCUGUGUGAACACUCUCCACAGCAGGGACACAUGUGCACCCAGGAUGCAUACUUGAAAAAAAAUCAGGAAUCUUGAAGUACAGUUAUAAUCAGAAAUAUCUAAUCUUCUUGUUCAGUCUUGCUGGUGCAGUUGAAAAGUCAAAGAGUAAGGAGAUGCACAGCAGGAGGAUGUUCACGAGUUCAUUUUUUAUUUUAAAUGUAUCUGUAUUUGAAUAUAAACCAAUGAUUCCUUUUAGGAAAGUGAUAGCACAAUACUGAAAACAAGAGAUGACGAGUGUGUUUCAUACUGGCAUCUGACAAUUCUUUUGCCUUGAAAUUUCUUUAUAGGUAUCAGAAGGCAGAUAAGAGAAAACACUGUUCUUGCUAUAGCUUCAUUAUAGCAUUUCUGGGGAGAGUUCAUAAGUUUCUCACUAGAAAAAUUGGAGAAUAAACAAUUCUUAUUAAAUACAGUAAAAAGGAGGGCAAAGGCCUCUGAUAUCUCUAUUGUGAAUAUUUAUAAGCAAUGGAAAACUACCACACAAGUUUCCUCCAUGGAAUAUUUUGAGUGCUCUCUCAGUUAAAGAGAGAGGAGUACGUGUUUACAAAGAGCCAGUGCCUUUACUUUGUAAAGAAGAUCCCUGCCUCAUCUUGAGUUUAAUCAGUGCUGCUGAAGAAAUUCCAUUUUGUGUGUUAAACCUCUGAAUAUUUGUGGAGUAUCAGAAAAUACUGUUCUGUCCUUUAUAUGAAUUGUAUCACUUGUCGCAUGUGAAAUUCCUGUGCUUGUGUAAUUCAAGUCAUGUCUUUUGCAGUUUGAUAAAAGCUGUAAGGAUGACUGAAAA